AACCGGCCGCGAACUAAGCCGAAGUUCCUUGGCUGCGCCUCUCUUCCACAGCCAUUUCUCAACGAUCUCUAGUAUCGUGUUGAUAGUGCGCAUAGAACGUGAUUCCGGGCGAUUAUACGUACCCGGUCUCUAUUUACCUUUAGUUUAGUCGUAGUUCAGUCGUACGCAUCACUCAGUGUCAUGGAGCCUCAGACUCAGGAAAUUGUCCAAGGAGGAUCCCCUGCGGAAGUCCCCAACGACCCAGGAAAAAUGUUCAUUGGUGGACUCAGCUGGCAGACUAGUCCAGAGAGCUUGAGGGAGUACUUCAGCAAGUAUGGCGACAUCACCGAAGUAAUGGUGAUGAAGGAUCCAGCUACAAGAAGGUCGAGCAAUAUCAGCGGUCCAGGCGGCUACCCUGUGGAAAUCGACGUCAAAGUCUCCACCCCCAGGGGCUUCGGAUUCAUCACCUUCACCGAUCCAGCUAGCGUAGAUAAGGUUUUAGCCCAGGGCACACACGAACUAGAUGGAAAAAAGAUUGAUCCCAAAGUAGCAUUUCCACGAAGAGCACACCCAAAGAUGGUUACCAGGACGAAAAAGAUUUUCGUAGGUGGAUUAUCUGCACCCACAACCCUCGAUGACGUCAAAAGUUACUUCGAACAAUUUGGACCGAUAGAAGAUGCAAUGCUGAUGUUUGACAAGCAAACAAAUAGACAUAGAGGGUUUGGAUUUGUCACAUUUCAGAGCGAGGACGUAGUAGAUAAAGUUUGUGAAAUACACUUUCAUGAAAUCAACAAUAAAAUGGUAGAAUGCAAGAAAGCACAACCCAAAGAAGUAAUGCUUCCUGCAAAUCUGGCGAAGACACGAGCAGCUGGUCGUGGCGCUUACGAUUUCAUGUGGUCCCUUGGGGCUCUUCCUGACGGUUUUCCUGCGGCCGCUUAUGCGGCCUACGCCGCUGGUCGAGGUUAUUCGGGCUACCCUAGUUUCGGACUUCCAUACCCAACAGUGGACAUAACAAAUGGACAAUUGACACCCAAUAAUAACACACCGCUGUUGACUCAGGCGCUCUCAGGGUCUUCAGGGGCGAGCUGGUCUCAACCUUCUGCAGCCGACCAGUCGGCAGGGGCUCCAGCACCACCGCAACCACACUUCUCCGUUUCCUUUGCAGUGAUGAAUAACUAUCAGGCCGCGGCAGCCGCUGCUGCGCAAGGUUUUGGACCACCGGCUUCACCACACGCUGCUAGCACGCGCGGUGGAUUUCCAGCAGCCAACUCACCUGGUCCUACCAUCGAUAUGUACAACAGCAGCGCCGGAGACAGCGUGGGCUAUGUGCAGGCCACUAGUCCGCAGCCGUCAAGUUUUCCUGCCAUCGCUGUCAGCCGAGCCCCACUCAACUACAAUCCAGGACCCCUGAUUCCAGCUGCUUUCACUAACGGAUAUCACUGAAGUCGAUAGGAUUUAUUGUAUUUGUGAGAAGCGACUAGGCAGCUACUGUGAUCAGUCGAGAGAUUCCAUUUCGGGGAUCCUUUUGUACCACCUAACUGCAAGGACUGGUCGUCAGCUUCUGUGAUCAGUCGAUAUGCUUCUUUUUUCGUGGAUCCCUGGUGUAAGCAAAUAAUAUGCGUAUGAAUUUCGACUAGGCAGCUACUGUGUUAAGUCGUCUUGCAUCUGCACCUGUACAUUCACUUUUGUGUGUAUAAUAUUUAAUAAUAUAAUUAAUUGUAGCACUCCGCCAGGCGCGGCUACACUUGUUGUUGUAAUGUUUGGUGUCAAAAUUCUCCCCCUAUUCCUGCGCCCUCUACCUUCGGCAGCCGCCGAGAAACCAACUUUGAACUUUGCAAAAAGUCAUUUCGCCAAUAUCGUUACAGAAGAGAUACUUUCACAGGAUCGAACUGUAUUCGAAACGAAUGUUCAAUAAGUUUUUUCUAUUUUCUUCGCAUCUAUUUCCAUUUCAUUCAUAACAUGAAAGAGAAAGCUUAAAUUACUUAGUCGAAAUUAAAAUGAUUAAAAAAAAAAGUUCAAUCAAAUAUUUCCUGUGUUGAUGAUUGUUUCAGCAUGGACAUUCGUUCUGAUGAAAUUUCUAUUCUUUUCAAGUAUUAAGCAAAAAUCCCUAUUGGUCCUUUGUGUACUCGUUCAAAUGUUUUUACGUUUUGACGUUUAAGUCGUUUCAAAUUUAUCAGAUACAUUAAUUUCAUAUAAUUGAAUUCAUGAUUUAAAAACAUUUUGCAGUUAAUUUGAAAUUGUAGGCUGCUGUCGGUGAAGUCUCAGGAGUUUUUCCAAAGCAUCGUCAUAAUCAAAUUGAAAGAUUUGGAUACUGAUAUUCACGUAAAAUUUUGGAGUAACGAUAAAAUCUCAUGUAAACCAAGUAGUAACGUUUAAUCGCGCAAACAUUGAGAAGCGAUAUAAUUUUUCAAUUGCGCUGUCGUUGACAGUUUGUCGCUGUUGACAAAUGGCCUCGGCGACUACCGGAAGAGUGGACCCCACCAAACACAGGCACUAUUGGUUACGACUUGCGUUGAUUAUUACAUAUGAUAUAUUACAGGGUAUCUUUAAAAUGGGAUACAUUAUCCUCACAUUAUAUUAUAAUUAAGGACCAAUUGGGCAAUGUUGUCAAUUGGUGAAUUAUCCACAUUGCCGUGGUGAUUUUAUCGUAUAAUUUCAUUAUUUUCAUAUUUACUCUAUGUUAUUCAGUAGUUGUUUUUAUAUAAAUUUUAUUUCAUCAUAUUAUUAUUAUUAUAGUUCAUGAAUUAGUUAUUUAUAUGAAGAACAAAUUAUAUAAUGUGGUAAGUGUUCGUGUUGAAGCAACACAUAUUGUAAGUUGCGCGUGAAAAUGGUACUACAACUUGGAUACUUAUUUAAGAGAUUUGUAUAUAAUUAUUAUUGUUAAUUGAAAUUGGUGUCAGUGACCGGUCCUUCCCGCAACUUCGUCAUAACCCAUGAAAAAUUUGUCGAUGGAAUGCAAUCGAAUUGCACGCUAAAGAAUCGUAGAAUACCUUGAAAACGAGAGAAUAAGAAUUUCCAGAAAAUCAAGACCGUUUUGUAGUUUUCAAGUCUCGGAGUCUUCUCGUGAUAAUUCGACUGUACUCACGAUGGCGUGAUAUUGACUUAGAAAGACAGUGGCGGAGUUCAAAUGCGUUUACUCCGAUCAGUGGCACCGGCUGUCUGUGUAGCUUGUAGAAUUUUGACGUAUUCCUCUUGUAAUAUCUUAAUACUAGAUCUGUCUCACUGUUUAGUAUAGGUCAGAUCAAUUGAAAUUAUAUGUUAUAUAAAUGUUUCCUGUUAUCGAGUGAAUAUUCUAUUAAAAUCGAUCAAUUCGAAAACGUUCGUUUCGUGUCGGAUGGAAAAGGAACCCCCGGUAAACAUUUUUCGGGAUCAGUCAUGCACAUACUCACAAUAAUCUCUUCAUCGAGUAGAUUUUUAUCCAUCCAUCUGUGCACAAACGAACUUAUUGUCUGUUCUCAAUUUUCAAUACGUAGGUUAUAUGGUGUGUUAUCAUUUCUGAUCAUAGUUUCUCUUGUUUUUUUCUUCGAUCAGCCGUGUUGGUGAAGGCUUUUUAAAUGAAUAUCAUUAUUGUUGUCUACACGGCAGCAAUCGCUUGUCUCCUCAGUACAAAUAUACCACGAUACGAACUUAAGUUGAGAGUAGAAACAAGUUAUAUGGUCGACGUAGUUCACCAAAAAAAAAAACAAAAAAAUACAAUCGAACGGGUACCUCCAGAAUAGCACGAAAAAUGUAUUCCUUUCUAUUCGAUCUAUUGUAUUUUAUAGAUUCUUUAUAUCAUCAAAAAAUUCCCACGUUUCUUUAAUUGUAUUAUAUGAGUCUCUUCUCUCUCAUUUCUCCAUUGGGAAAUAUACGUAAUUUUUCUAAGAUUCAAGAUUAUCUAGCUUAUCCUUUCAUUCAGAUAAAACAUUGCACAAAAUAUUCUAACCAAAAGAAAGUUUCAAAUGAUGGAAAAUAAAAAAAUACAAUAUUAGAACGAAAUUGGAGAAAAAAAAUUUUGAUGAACGCCGAUCUUGGGCUGACAUUCAAACCAUUGAACAGUUGAAUGCGUUUCGCCGGAAAGCGCCAAUGAUUCAGACGAGAGAAGAUGACCGUUAUAUUUCCAAACGUCGACCUAAAAGUGGACGUACGUUCGGCCAUUUAAACUAACGCAACGAUUGAACGUUAGCUGAUUAUAAAUCGUAGUGGGUAGACGCGCGUUUCUGUGAAAUCGUGCAUUUAUUUAAUGAGUCCUAUUUUGGGGCUGGCAGCGAGUAAACCAAUAUUCAAAUUUAAUGACCUGUCACACACACAUAUUAUUCAAUUGAAUCCGGCUGUAUGUUCGCCUUCAAUGAGUGUUGACCAUUUCAAUUCGAACCUCUUAGUCAAAAGCACAUCCUGAUUUAAUAAAUGAACACUUGUAAUUUCAUGCAGGUUCAAUUACUCGUCUUCCAAACUCACACUUUUUGUUCUCCAGUUCUCUGAUUAUCCAACUACAUACCCGGGUAAUUAUUGUUGAGAGGGAACACCACAACGUGGCUGCUCAUUUUUAAAAUAAAUUAGAAAUAUUUCUUGUGACAAAUCAUCGAUUUUUAUAGGGUUUUCACGUAAUUCCUUCAAACAAUAAUCUACUUUGUGGGUUUUCAAUAUUAUCAAUUUGCAAAUUAAAAAAAAUAAUAAUUUUGGUAACUUUUCGUUUUUUGUUCUGAUAUGGCGUUCUUACAAAGAACUGAAGUAUUUUAAAAAUAUUUGUAAAAAAAUCCCUCAAAAGUCAUUACAAAAGAGGCAAUUAGUUGAAAAGACUCGAAAAGUACCUUUUUUGGAAGAAAGUUGGAACUAUUCUAAUAUUCUUAACUUCAGCUCAGUUUGAAAUUCAAUUGAAAAUAUUUCUUCUAAUAAUUCCUCAGUUCGAAAUUCAAUUAAAAAUACAUCUUCUAAUUAUUCACCGAUUUUUAUAGAGUUUCCACGUAAUUUGUUCAAAAAAUGAUCUACUUAUAGUUUUUCAAUAUCGUUAAUUUGCGAAUGAAAAAGAAUCAAUAAUAUUGGUAACUUUUCGUUUUUCGCAAAAUAAUUGAUUACAAAGCACUGGAGUAUUUCAAAAAUAUUCAUGAAAAAAUUCAACAAAAAAUCAUUACAAAAGAGACAAAGGAAAGACUCGAAAAGUACUUUAUUUCGACGAAAGUUGGAACUGUUGUAACUGCUACUGAUCAUUUGAUCGUUCUGGCAUCACUGCACAUUAUUUUGUCCCUCCUCCUCUGGGCAAAUAUUGACAGAUUGCGAGCAUGUCACGUGAUGGCGUUCCCUCUUGAAAAUGAAAAAAUUCUCAAAGAAUUUCUGCGCCAAAUUUUGAUCUGUCGGUUGUGUUUCAAUUUUGUUUUUUGAUGGGUGUAAAAAAUUGAAAGAGUUAGGGUGUUAAGAUUUGAAUAUUGGUGAAUUUCGAGAUAAGUGGGGCCGAAGGCAGCACCUGGUCAGGUGACGACCUUCCGUCCAAAAUGGUGAAAAUUGACCAAAGGUAUAAUAUGUCAAUACUAAUGUCAAUACAAGGACUGCGUAUAGUUUUCAUUUUCACUUGAUUGGGUAAAACCAAAGUAUUUUUAAUGUCAAUCCAGAGCAAUACGGUAUAUGUAGCUAGUGUAAUCCAAAAAUAUCUUCAUUUAUAUAUUUUGAUAUGUAUAAACUAUUUUCUCGCAUUAAGUGGUUAUAGGGAUAAGUUAAUAUCAACACCCUGUACAUGUCAACGGCUUCCCGUAUGAUUUUCAGAAGUUGUCAAUAAUAUUCAUCUGGGCUAGUUCGAGAAAACCUUAGGAGAUAUUACUUGCGAUCCAAUCUUUAUCAGUUAUUUGCAAGUCGUUGAGAUUUUUCAUUGAGUAAAAUGAUGACCGUUGAUUAUACAUGGUGUUAAGGCAUGAGUGCGUGGUCAAGGCACAUUCCAACACUUACAUAGCCUCAGACUUCAUAUAACAACAUAUCAUAAGCGAUCACGGUCUUGCAUGCCCAAUUUCUUAAAAUGUACCAAUCAAAACUGAAUGCAUAAAAAAUUAUAUUGAAAAAGUUCGCACCUUACCUUACUUCAUUUUGCCGAUUCAUCUCCCAUAUAUUCUUCAAAUCCCACAGGCUCUGUGAUAAGUUCAGAGGUACAUUUUCCGAAAUUUAUAGAGGCUAGAAUAGAGGUUUCUUGUAACAUAUUUUUUUUCUUAUGGAAUAUUAUAGACAAUAUUGUUCACACUGUGAAUUUUCAGUUGUAUGAUUAAAAUUGUAUAUCGUGGGCCUUACUAUACACUGAAAAUUAAAAUGUGCUGUCCAAAUUUUGCUAUUUUACUUUGAAUCUUUGCGAAAAUUUACGGCAGUAUGUAGAAAUACCUAGAUAUCUCUAAAUUGAAAAAUACUAGUUCGUCGUUGAAGCAUUGAAAAUUCACUGUUUAUUGUAAUUGACACAAUCGCUAUUGAAAUUCGGUGUUUAAGAUAAUAUUUUCCUAUCAUUUCUAUGUAUUGUCGUAAAUUGAAUUUAGCUAGGAAAAAAAUUAAGAAAAAUACCCCUUUUUGUAUACUUAAGGCGCCCUUUUGUUAUUUUACUUUCAUACGUACUUUAGAAUUUGUUUAUUAAGUGUAUACAAGCUGUAUAUAUUGAUAUUAUAUUAUACAUAUAAUUGUA